CUCUCUCUCUCUCUCUUCGUUUGCUUUUCUCUCUCUCUUCUUUCUUUUCUUCUUUCCUUUCAAGAAGCAAAGAAGAGAGGGGAACUGGGAAACCAGAAGAGAAGAGAAGAGAAGAGAAGCCAUUUCUUUCGAACCUCUAAAUCGUCAGAAAACACAUCCUCGAGGGAGAUCGAACACAGAGGAAUCAUAUUUGGUUUUUAUAGAUAAAAAUACGAUAAUAUGUUGGUAGCAAACAGCUUUGAUCUAUGGCAAAAAGAUAUCUUCUUUUCAGCUGCAGAGGAGGUUCAAGCAUCUGCAGAUAUAAUGGAGUCAGCUUACAGGACAUGGGUUAGACAGAAGAGAGAAGGGUUAGCAUCCACUGAUUUGGAUGAGCUUUGUAGGGAGCUGCAAACUGCUUUAGCCACAGCAAAAUGGCAGUUAGAUGAGUUUCAAAGGGCUGUUAGGAUGAGCUACAGAAAUACUGUUGAUGAUGUUAGGACGACAAGGCAUGAACAGUUUGUUUCUGCCAUAGCAUCCCAGAUUGCUGUAGCAGAAGCAGCACUGAAAGAGUAUUUCAGUGACGAAGUUAGGAAACCUCUUCGAUGGGUAAAUUUGGAUGAAGAAGAAUGUGAUGACUUGGCUAUGUUCCUCUCCGGGUGUCCAGGAAGCUCAAAGAGCACAAAAGACUCCGAAUCUGAUAUCAAUGAUUCUUUGAAAAAAGAUAACUUAAUACCAAACUAUAUGGCAAGUUGUAAUGAUGUUAAUAAUGAAGGCUGUGUUAAUCGUAGCUAUGUUGUAGAGAUGGAGCCAAUUGAAGUAUUGGGAACUAGUGAUGGUUCUUCGGGUCAAGCUGAUAAGAAGGCUAGCUCAAGGAGAACAUGGGGUUCACGAGAUGUUGGCCCCCUAAAGAUUACAAUUGAUCAUGAUAAUGAACAGAAGAAACCAUUGAUGUUGAAUAUCGAGUCCACAUCAAAAGAUAAAGGUCUUGUUUGGAGGCCGAGAUGUGGGAAUUAUUGGAUCAAUCAGAUAUUUAGAAGGGCUGCUGGAAGUCAAAGGCAACUACAGACCUCAAUACACUUGCAGAAAAGUUGUUCAUUUCGACUCAUGCUUGUUUUGAUGCUAACCAUCUUUUUGCUUGUGCCAUUCGUAAUGCAUUCCAGUUGAGCACAAUAUUAGCCAAUUCUCGUCAGCAAGAUAAAAGGUAAUACUAGAGGUUUAAGUGAACAAGGCUGCCAAGAAGUUUUGAGGAACUUGCCUGCAGGAUUUCAGGACUUCUCUAGCAAAUGUUCAAAUGUAACCAUGUAAAGUUGAACUCUCAAGUUUUCAAGAUUAUAUGGUAGCUUCUAGGCCGUGUAGGGUUAUACAUGUAAGAGAUGACGAUGUAUGUGUGCUUCAUAAAUGCAGCUUGUCAAAAAAUACUCUCA